AUGCGGGCUUUCCUGUUGGCCGCCUCUGCUUUCGCACGCUCACCGGAACCUGUAGGUCCCGUGUGUUCGGGCUCGAUCGAGCUGCAGGGCCACGGUUCUAUCCAGACGGCCAAUGCAUACUGGAAUGUGCCUGGAGAGUUGGCUGGAGAUGUGGAAGUUUCCAAUGGAGAGAUUCACGUGUUUAUCAAGGGCCGAACAUACUUCUCGGAUACUUGUGUGCCUACAGAGUUCAGCAACAGCCGCUAUUCCAAGCUGUUUCUGCUCGGCAAAAGGCUACGGUGGAAAACUGACAUCUCAGGGACGGACUGUGGUUGCAAUGCUGCGUUCUACCUGGGCUCACUUCACCAAAACGCAGAGGUAUCACAAUGCCUAGAUCACUACUGUGAUGCGAAUGACGUGUGUGGAGUGCGCUGUACGGAGAUUGAUUUGCAAGAGGCGAACCGAUAUGCCUUCCACUCUGUGCUGCACUUGCCCGAUGACAACUCUGGAAGUGGUCUUGGCUAUGGUGGUGGGGGCCUGGAUUGGAGCUGGCACAGGGACUGGACCAGAGAAGAAUAUGGGCCCGGUGCCCACUGCAUCGACACCAACCGUCCCUUUGAGGUUGAGGUUGGGUUCCCUCUUGGCAGCAACGGCCAACUACGGGCAAUAACAACACGCUUGUCCCAGAUUGGAAGUCCAUGCGACUUGAAUGCCGAGGUUGCUACCGACAGCUACAUUUUCCGAGGCCGACACAGUGCAAGCGAGCUGACCCAAGCCCUCCAUGAGGGUAUGACGCCCAUCGUUAGCUACUGGAAGCACGAGAACAUGCAGUGGAUGGAUGGCAAAGGUGCCGAUGGUUUGGGCCCGUGUGCCGUGGACCGUCCUGAUCAGUGCGGACCCUCUGUCAAGUUCUACGAUUUCGCUUUGGAAAGUUUGGAUGAAAGGCUGAUAUGA